UACAUGGGCGACUUCAGCAACUCAUAUAUGGGGGGGUGAUUAUAAACUAUAAGGAAAUAACAAAAAAACAAUACUGUUCAGCAGUUUUUAUGAUAAUUUAUGUUUUAUCAGCCAUUAUCAAUCACGUAAAAACAUUAACUUCUUUUUAUUUCUUGAAAGCCAAGAGAACAAUUCCUUGUUUACUUGCAAUAAUUGCUAUUGUGGCGCACUGAGGCAAUCAUCGCUUUGUGAGACGCACUGUGUUGUGUUAGGAUACACAACUUUUGGGCCGAAUUUUUUUUUAUUGCGAGUGAAAGCUAGGCAUUGGCUGCUGCAGUUAAAGUAAGCGGUAGGAAAGACACUAGGUAUCGGCCCAUAAGGUUUUAAACUGCACAUAAAUACAAAUUGAAAAUGACUACAUUGGAAGACAGCUCCAUUUGGGAAGAUGCUGAGGAGUCCGUGGGUGAGAAUGUGCUGCGUAUGAACACGGAAGAGAUUGUGGGACUGACGCGGCUGCUGGACAACGAGAUCCGUAUCAUGAAGUCGGAGGUGAUGCGCAUCUCCCAUGAGCUGCAGACGCAGAAGGACAAAAUCCGAGAGAACACCGAGAAAAUCAAACUCAACAAGACACUGCCCUACCUGGUCUCCAAUGUUAUCGAGUUGCUGGAUGUCGAUCCCCAGGACCUGGGUGAGGAGGAUGGUGCCAAUGUCGACCUCGACUCACAGCGGAAGGGCAAGUGUGCAGUGGUGAAGACAUCGACCAGACAGACAUACUUCCUGCCGGUGAUUGGCCUCGUGGACCCGGAGGACCUGAAGCCGGGUGACCUGGUGGGCGUCAACAAGGACUCGUACCUGAUCCUGGAGGCGCUGCCGGCCGAGUACGACUCGCGUGUCAAAGCCAUGGAGGUGGACGAGCGGCCCACCGAACAGUACUCGGAUGUCGGAGGGCUGGACAAACAGAUUCAGGAGCUGAUCGAGGCUGUGGUUCUACCGAUGACCCACAAAGACCGGUUCACAAACCUGGGCAUCCAGCCGCCGAAGGGCGUCCUCCUAUACGGCCCGCCCGGCACCGGUAAGACGCUGCUGGCGCGUGCGUGCGCGGCCCAGACCAAGUCGACAUUCCUGAAGCUGGCCGGACCGCAGCUGGUACAGAUGUUUAUCGGUGACGGUGCCAAGCUGGUGCGAGACGCGUUCGCACUGGCCAAGGAGAAGGCGCCGGCCAUCAUCUUCAUCGACGAGCUGGAUGCCAUCGGUACGAAGCGUUUCGACUCGGAGAAGGCCGGCGACAGGGAGGUCCAGCGGACCAUGCUGGAGCUGCUUAACCAGCUGGACGGAUUCUCCUCCACCACCGACAUCAAGGUGAUUGCCGCCACCAACCGUGUGGACAUUCUGGACCCGGCACUGCUGCGGUCCGGCCGACUCGACCGAAAAAUCGAGUUCCCGCACCCGAACGAACAGGCCCGGGCCAGGAUUAUGCAAAUCCACAGCCGUAAGAUGAACGUGUCUCCGGACGUCAACUUUGACGAGCUGUCCCGUUCCACGGACGACUUCAACGGCGCCCAGUGCAAGGCCGUCUGCGUCGAGGCGGGUAUGAUCGCUCUCCGUCGGGAGGCCACUACCGUAACACAUGAGGACUUCAUGGACGCCAUCAUGGAGGUCCAGGCCAAGAAGAAAACCAAUCUCAACUACUACGCUUAGGGGCCGAUCCACCACACACACAACUAAUACCCUACACACCGUGAUCGGUGCCAGAAGGCCGCUAGACCACCGGCUACGACUCUAAAGAGCUAAUGUGGAUAAUUUAUUUUAUCUCGGUGUACGGCUCGCGUCCUUCUGCGUCCGCUGCGUAUGGGAGACGCGCCCGGCUUCAUGUGUGAAAUGUCGCCACCAACAUGUCCCAUUGUUGAAUACAUGGCACACCGUAUAA